AUGUUCCCGGCUCAAAUCCCUAUGCCCCCUCCUGAUCGACCAGUCAACGGCUUUCCGAAGCACCUUGCGGAGGAAUUUAAGGCUGCCGUCAUCGAUGCAACCACUGCCAGCACUGUGACCGCACUUGAGGUUGUCGCAGCACUGAUCAAGAACGGAGGGUAUCUGGUGCGCAGGAUUCUGAACACCGACCAAUUAGCUCUCAUUGAGAAAGAUGUUCGACCUUCGAUCGAAAAAGACCGCCCCAGGAUAGGCGACUUUUUCCCUCCAGAGACUCGGAGAGUUAUGGGCUUGGUCGAGAAGUCAAAGGUUUUUACUGACCUAAUCCCUGGAAACCGUCUGUAUCAGCAUGUAUGCGGUACCCUUCUAAUAUCUACCCAGGAUAGCUGGCUGGGCCAAAUCCUGGAGACGAGCGAUUCCCACCGACAGCUGAAUAAUACCAUCUUCUUUAGUAUUGGACCCAGUGCAAGACGCCAGGAACUUCACCGCGAUGACAUGCUAUUUCACAAUGGGUUGACCGAGCAUACCUCACACGAGGACUACAAGAUUGGCCGUGACACCAAUAUUAGAUUCUUCGUGGCAGGCAAAAAGACGACCAAGGCUAAUGAGGCCACCAGAUUCAUCCCCCGACGCCAUUUUUGGUCAGCCAAGACCCCACCAAACGAAGACUUGACCUACUAUGGCGGGUUGCUAGUUGUCUCCACGGAGGCAGUGCAAACACCAGCACUGACGAGGAGCAACUUGUUUUCUCCUGUUUCAUGA